UGGUUCGUGCGCGGAGUUUAGUUGCACGCGCUGACUGCAGGUAAAUAGAAUAGAGAAUAGAGUGUCGCGUGCAGCUUAUGUAGAAAGUUGACUCCUUAACUCUUCGUUACGUACUAUUUCAGCUGUAAGGAGAAAUAUUUUCAGCCUGAUACUUUCGCUCACCUGUUGGUCACCUUUCACUCAUAAUGGCCACGCGCGUGCGACCGAGUAGUAAACGGUGUGCAGUUGUCGGGGGCUCUGGUUUCCUGGGCAGACACUUAGUGGAGAAGCUGCUGGAGCGAGGAUACACUGUGUGUGUGUUUGACAUCCGUCAGAGCUACGAGCUGCCUGGUGUCACCUUCCACCAGGGAGACCUCUGCGACAAACAGGCUCUGCUGCCAGCUAUGAAGGAUGUGUCCCUGGUCUUCCACUGUGCCUCCCCAGCCCCUGCCAGCGAUGACCGCGGGCUGUUUAAGAGGGUCAACAUUCAGGGCACACGCACAGUCAUCGAGGCCUGCAUGGAGGCUGGAGUACAGAAACUGGUCCUGACAAGCAGUGCCAGUGUGGUGUUUGAAGGGACAGACGUUAAGAAUGGGAGAGAAGAUCUACCAUAUGCCAAGAAGCCCAUCGACUAUUACACAGAGACCAAAAUUGAGCAAGAAAAGCUGGUCCUCCAGGCUUGUAACAAGGAGAAGGGUUUCCUCACAGUUGCCAUCCGGCCUCAUGGCAUCUUUGGCCCUCGGGAUCCACAGCUGGUACCCAUCCUGGUGGACACAGCUCGCAGGGGCAAGAUGAAGUUCAUCAUCGGUGACGGGACCAAUCUGGUGGAUUUCACCUUUGUGGAGAAUGUAGUUCAUGGUCACAUCCUGGCUGCUGAGCGCCUGAGGCUGGACUCCCCCAUAUGUGGAAAACCGUAUCACAUCACCAAUGACGAGCCGGUUAGAUUCUGGGACUUCAUGUCUGAGGUGUUGGUGGGUCUGGGAUACGCAGCUCCUCGCUACCACCUCCCCUACACUCUUGUGUACGGACUGGCCCUGCUCCUCUGGCUGCUGGCCCUGAUCCUGCGCCCUCUGUUGUCCUUUAAACCCACCUUUACACCAAUGAGAGUGGCUCUGGCUGGAACCCACCACUACUACAGCUGUGACCGCGCCAAGCAGGACCUGGGCUACAAACCGCUGGUCAGUCUGAAGGAUGGGAUAGCACGCACAGUGCAGAGCUACCCUCACCUCAGACAAGGGGCUUGAUGAUAGAACUGAAGGUGAAGACUGUACAGGUGCACUCACUGAGAUUAAAGUGAUCAGGUCAUCCUGAAUGGACAAUUCAAAACGAGGAACAGACAUAUCUUUAUUCAAACCUUGUAGCAUUUUUGUGCUUUUUUUUAACACUUAUGUGCCACUCUCACCAGCAGAUGGCAGCAAACGGUUCUGGUUUUGGUCAACACACUGCAGUCUGGUCUUGUCUUAAGCUUUAAAGCACUUGAUAAACAGUGAAACCCCAUGUUUAUGACAACAUAAAUAUACUGAUCUUACACUGUGAAACCUGCAAAGACUUACAGAUAUACUUGUUCCAUUUUCAUGUGUUUCACCAGUGUGCUGUGCAAACACUGAGAUGCUGCUGUUUAUGUCAAAACACAUAAAUACAUUCCACUAAACUAUGAUUCUCAUGACAUUACUGAUGUGAAAAUAACUGUAUAAAGUGACAUCAUAUGGUCAAAAGUA